UCAUUGCAACCCUUAGCAUUUCGCACACUAUUGCGUAACUUUUUUUGAGAUGCGCGCAAUGUGCUGUUCUCGCUAUGUUUUGUUCACUUGCUGCAUACUUAAAGCGCUCGCUUUUAAACUUUUUUUCAAAUACAUUGCUAUGUUUUUUAUCUAUGGAAAAUAAUUCUUCUAUCAGACGACAAACUCUUCCUUGAUAUUCGAACUUCAUUCCGUGGUCUUGAUAAAUAUACCCGCGAGUUCGCUGUACAUGAAUGCGUGAAUCGUGGAUAAGAACGCUGCCAUGCUGCUGCAGUUUCGACGUUUGUCAAGGUGUUGCAAGUGCUAGCCGUCCCCCAACUUAGUGCGAAUGGACUUUUGUGCGACUUUACUUGAUUAUCUGACGUGUUUUCGGCCGUGCGUGCCCUUCGGUAUUUAUCCGGGACGUAUGACAAGGGUCGUUUUUGUUCUGAUUGAGUAUGUCAAGCUCCACUGCGAUUUUUAACGGGGAAAAACUACCCAGUGACAUGGACCCAAACAUGGUUUCUAUCACAAAGCCUACCCGUGAAAGAUCGCGGCGUAUUGAAGCUCAUUCGGUCGGUGACAAAUGUUUUGAGAAAUCGGCUCUCAAUUUUGACCACUUGUACGCUAGCACUGUGAAAAACAGCGGUGAAAACUUCAAAUUCUCCGAAGUCAAGCAAAUAAAAGAGCUGUUAGUGCUGCAUCUCGAUCUCAUUCAACAGCAAUCUGAGGAAAUUCAAGCGAAAGAUAAACUUAUAGCGGCUCUCCGAGAAGAAAACGAGCUGCUGAAAUUGCGAUUGCAACAUAGCGAGGGGCGUAUGGCCCUGAAGCGAAACCGUGACUCACCACAGCGAGAAAGUAGAAUUGAGUCACGCUACUUACCAAAAAGGAAUGAUAUAUGUGAUCCAGACGCCAAGGCAAAAAUGGGCGGCAAUGGAACCUCAGUGCUCUCCAAAAAAAAUGUGCUUCUCCUUGAGUCUGACACCAACUGUAUGGUGAACUCCUCCGUCAUAGCACCUGACCGCAAAGAACUUCACUCGAACAAACUUCCUCUCAGUGAGAUCAAUGUGGCUUCGGCAGAUAUGGAGAGCUUUGAACUAAUGAACAUCUCUGAGAGUUCAACCUCUAGUGGGUAUCUAAAUGGGGUUUCACACUCAAAGCUCUCUUCCAGCAAAAAGAUAGGGAGGCUAAAGAGAGGGAGCAGGGAAAGCAUAGUCUCCGCGGGUAGUGCGAGGAGUAGUCCGAAGAGGACGGUGCCAUUGAAUCAUGAAACUAGCUCCAAAAAUGAAAAUCAUCUCUCCAGUCCUCUUGAAAAUGGGCCUCUCAAUCUGCGGAUAAGGAUAAAGAAGUCUGAUGAUGAGUGCAGUUGCGAUGAAACGAUGGAUAGUUCAGAUCUAAUGACAACUGACGUUCCUUACUAUACAAUGACAGGUUGCGCUCCUCCUGAUAUCUUGAAUGAGAAAGAUAUAACUACCGAUAAGUUAGAGAUUCCCAGUUGGAGGCAUAAAGUUUUUACUAGUUGUUACUCAAUGGAAGGUACAGAGAACCUUUCUGAUGAUGUUUUUGAGAAAAGGCAUGCAAGACUGGAACAAGAAGAAAAACGACGGAAAAGAUGGGAUGUCCAGAGGAUAAGAGAACAACGGCAGCUUGAUCAUUUGCGAGAAAAUGAACGGAAAAGGAACUGGCUUGCCAAGUCAGAUGAUGAGGGUGAAAAAGAAAGACAGCGGGUGUGUUCUCUAUAUCCCAACGUCUCAGGGACAACACGUAUAAGCAUAGAUGAAUCUCUUCCUGUUAAUGCUCUCGGAGUAGUACUCAAAAGAGUGGAACCCAGAGAAUUUUCGCUACCAUGGAAAGAUGGUAAUACCAGUUGUGGGUUUAGUUACGAUAAAGAUACAUUUACUAUUAAAACUCGGCGCAAGUAAGAGUCGUCAAGUAGGAGGUUCUCUGAAUGGUUGAAUGGGCUUUUUACGCUUCUGUAACAGGUUGGAUCUGUUCAAAUUAUUGAUUUUUCUUUAUUUUUGUUUCAAACAUUUUUUCCAUGUUCAAUCAUGGAAUUAUUUGUAUUAGAAUUUGAGAAGCCCCUGCUUCCUCUUUCCUAUAACAAUCACUCUGAUUGCUGUGUACCAUUGUUUCAUUAUUAUCUACAUGAGAACUGUUCUUUUGCAUGUAUAUAUUUGACCAUGUACAUUUUUUUAAGUAACCCUCUAUGGCACUAAUAAUUUUGGGUUUCCAAUUCUGGAGAACAUAAAUCUAUGCUGUAGCUUUUGCAAAGACAGUCCCAAAUUUUCCCCUUAAAAUUUCAAAAUUUUGGUCAUCAUUUUUUCAGAAAAGAAAGCAUUGCUAAAAAUUUGCAACAUCAUGCCACAGAGGAAUAGCUCAAUUUAUUAUAAAACCAAAAAAUAGGUUGUUACUAAUGAGUAUUAUUAUGCCAUAGAGGGUUCAUUGUAAGUUUUACUGCUCUCCAAAUUAAAGUGAUCAGACUUUUUAUUCAAAUAUUGUUUUGAGGCUGUUUUAAAGUUUAUCCCAACAGCGCGUGUUCUUUGCAGAUUAUCAGUUUGAUGAGAAAUCUUAGAAUUAAAGCAAGGAAAAAUAAAUGCUGUAGAGUCUACCAAUCAAAGCGCAAACAAAAGAAUCAAAUGAAUCGCGCGGCAUGGGGACACAUAUACUUCGAGGCAGAAUUUGCCUCAUGUAAUUAAACUCAUUCGAAAAAAUGUAAUUAAUUUUUUCAUACUCCAAACUCAUCUUUCUCUUGUGGGGAAGACUAGUUUCCAAGAAACAUAAGCGUAGGAGAGUAAUGCUCAAAGAACGAGAAUAAGUAUUGAUUUUGUUUGCUUUGCCUGAGGCCAAUUAUAGUUAUUAUACUCGUAUACCCCCCGAAUUUCUUUAAGUUAUGUAGUCAUCAGUUCAGUUGGGUGUCACAAGGUCUCUUUAAUCAAGAAGGAGCUAGUCAAGGUGUGUACUUCCAUCGACUGAUAUUCUGUGAUAUUUGAUCAAGUAAAUUUCAACUUUAUGAUAAAUCUUUCACAAAGGAACUCUACUCUUAUCCUCAGAUCAUGUGAAUCGUUCCAUCUUCAAUGUAUUGAUUGCACAAAUUGUAAGACAAAAAAAUCUUUAAAGUCUCCCCACCCCUCAAUCAUUUUCAUUUUUAACUGGAUCUUUUAAUAUCUAUGAACCAUCUUAUUAUUUGAUCUGUCAUUUUAUUAAGUGGUAUCCAAAAUCUUGAUAAAUGCAAUAAAAAAUGUAACCAAAAGUGAUUCCCUCAGUCCUGAGUGAUAUAAACAUUUGAAUUAACCAUGAAAGAGUAGAAAUAACACACAAAGGAGAAGAAGGGAAAAAAAUUGACUCUGUAUUUUUGGGAUUAUUUUUUUACAACGCUGACUUCAUCUACUUUUUGUUCUCUUUAACUCACCUUUGACCCAUUAGCCAUAAGUAUUGCUGUUUGUGCAUUCUUGAGAGUCUUUCUGAUGUGUUAUGGUGGGUCAGUUUAAAUAAAUGACGAGAGUUGCACCCGGGGAGUUCAGCAAUUCUGAAGUAUAUCCUAUGAGCCAUUCUGCUGGGUAUUUGUCCAAAUUUUCUUUGAUAGAACAGUAUUUAUCAAAAAAGUUAUGUAUAUUUUUCCUCAAAUUUUGCAAACAAUUUGUUUGCAAUUAAAUUUUCUAUCGGGGGAAAUUUGACAACAUUCAAAUGUUUAUACAGCGUUUGUUCUUAGCACAGCAGCAUUCAAGUGUUGCAUUACUCCGUCAUUUAUUUUCUCUUUCUCUGAUUUCAUUAUACGAUUCCCAAAUUAAACAUGAUAUCAACCAUGACAGACAUCUCCUCUCCCAGGUGCCCACUUACUCGCCACCAAGAACUGUACUGACCGCUUGUCGUCACUGAGGUAAUUGGGCUUAAGAAUUAUCCAAGUGGGAUUUUUAAUUUCUCAAAUUUUGUUUGUUUAUUAUGAUUUAACAGCAUAUUGUAUCUCAGCAAAAAAUAUCUGAAAAUGAGAAGUGUAAAACUCUUUAAUUAAAUCUUACCUAGAAAUUUUCAUGAGUCUUAUACAUAUGCUCCACUGGAACUUGUAAGAAUACUGAUGUUAUUCGGAAACCUCUGAUGAGGAAUGUUGCUAAAGAAUUCUUACAUCGUAGCUCAUAUUUUUAGUAUUAUAAUAAUGGAUGUAAGUACAGUGAGACCUCAAUUUAUUGGAUCGCGAUUUGAUGGACCAAUCUUCUGGUAACUUCAAGGGCUUCAAGCUAAUUCAAAUUAAUAGAUUUUGCAAUUGAGUAGCUUGAUUCGUCAGUCUCAUGAAAUCUGAUAGAUGGAGGUCUUCUUGUAAGGGCUGUACUUUCUCUUUUUCAUAGUUUUAAUCUGAAGAGGAAUAAAUCCAUUUUGAUCUGCUGCUCAACAAUAACAAUAAAAACCCAA